CUGGGUGUCAGGUUACAAGACGCAUAAUCAUUCCAGUUUGACAACUUCACCUGUUGGGUUGUAGGAACUGACCAGCCCCAGAGUCCCCAAGUCACUCCAAGACACAGUGGCGGGAGGAAGCUGGCUUGCUGAAGGAAGAGAAUGCUGGUCGUCAGGAAGCAAGGGCAGCCUUGCACUUGGGCGCCCUCUGACCAGUGCUGACCCGGGCUUUCUGACCUACUGGCUAACGAGACUCAUUUGAGGACCCCUCCUGCUGCCUUGGGUUGCAGAUCUCGGCUCCAGGCUGUAAGAAAAUUAGGAUGAUUACCAAAGCAGCAUGGACCGAGACAGUGGUCAGCCCCUGAACAACCAUGAUAUCGCUGGCUUUCGCAAACCCCGCAGGUCCCUGGAGACCUUCAAAAAGGUGGGGAUCCCCAUCAUCGCAGUGCUGCUCAGCCUGAUGGCUAUCGUGAUCGUAGCCCUUCUCAUCAAGGUGGUUCUGGAUAAAUACUACUUCAUCUGCGGAAGUCCCCUGACCUUCCUUCCGAGGGAGCAGGUGUGUGAUGGUCGCCUUGACUGUGCCUCGGGGGAGGAUGAGGAGCAUUGUGUCAAAGACUUCCCCGACAAGCCUGGAGUGGCAGUCCGCCUCUCCAAGGACCAAUCAACACUGCAGGUGCUGGAUGUAGCCACAGGGACCUGGGCCUCUGCCUGUUUUAACAACUUCACAGAAGCACUGGCCAAGACAGCCUGCAGACAGAUGGGCUAUGACAGUCAACCCACUUUCGGAGCAGUGGCGAUCGGCCCAGACCAGAAUCUCACGGUAGCUCAAGUCACGGGAAACAGCCAGGAACUUCAGGUGAAGAAUUUAACUGGGCCCUGCCACUUCCUGGUUUCCCUGAGCUGCCUGGAAUGUGGAAAGAGCCUGAAGGCUCCUCGUAUAGUGGGUGGAGUGGAGGCCUCUGUGGAUUCUUGGCCAUGGCAGGUCAGCAUCCAGUACGACAAGCAGCAUGUCUGUGGUGGAAGCAUCCUAGAUCCCAACUGGAUCCUCACAGCAGCUCACUGCUUCAGGAAGUAUCUUGACGUGUCCAACUGGAAGGUGAAAGUCGGCUCAAGCAAACUGGACCACGUUUCCUCCUUGUCUGUGGCCAAGAUCUUCGUCACCAAGGAAAAUGCCCUGAACUCCAGAGAGAAGGACAUUGCCCUCGUCAAGCUGCAGGUGCCGCUCACAUUCACAGGCACCGUCAGGCCCAUCUGCCUGCCCUUCUUUGAUGAAGAGCUCAUCCCAGGCACACCCCUCUGGGUCAUUGGAUGGGGCUUUACAGAGCAAAGUGGUGGGAAGAUGUCCGAUGUGCUGCUGCAAGCAUCUGUCCAGGUCAUUGACAGCGCACGGUGCAAUGCCGAGGAUGCCUACCAGGGGGACGUCACCGCUGAUAUGCUGUGUGCAGGUACCCUACAAGGCGGAGUGGACUCCUGCCAGGGUGACAGUGGUGGGCCUUUGAUGUACCACUCUAUCCACUGGCAGAUAGUAGGCAUUGUGAGCUGGGGCUAUGGCUGUGGGAGCCCAACUAACCCUGGAGUGUACACCAAGGUCACCGCCUAUCUCGACUGGAUCUACAAUGUGCGGAAGUCUGAGAUGUAACACUGCUGUCUGCCACAUCCAAAAGCAGCUUCCCCUCAUACCUGCCCACUGCCUGAUACGUCGAAGUCAGACACAGGGCAAUGGCCUCCUUGGACACAACCCCGGUGUUUCCUGCAGCAUCCAGGGACGCAGACACACAUGUUGAGGAGUGCCUGGAAGUAUGUCAGGUGUGCUGGCUCAACCACCCCUGCUUCUCCCGCAACCCCAGGGAGACAUGCAGUCCACGGAGGGAAGCCAGACUUGACUCAGUUCUCAGAUGUGCUAUUCAGCCAAGGAGACUCUCUUUCACACUAAAAGAAUGGAAGUCGGCUCUCUCCUGAGAGCCCAGAACACUAAGGGCUGAGCCUAGGAGAAAAAGGUCCAAAGGGUCUUUGUCCUCUUUGCCCAUUCUUAAAACCACCGUGAUAGGAAAUCAGGCAGUUCUAAUGGAAAACGCCAUAGUCUAGUGUUGGUUCGCUGUCGUUGCUGUUACCACCUACCACUGCGGUCACUAUCAUUAAACAGGUAUGAAAAAUCUUUGGCAUAGGCUUCCUGGACAGCUUGAUAAGAAUCCAACUAAGACUGUGACAUCUUUAGUCUUUGGCCUGGUAUUGUAUGACUGUUCCCCGGAAAAGUGAACAAAUGUCCAGUCGAUACUUAUAAGGCAACAAGGACAAAGUAAAGAAAUGAUUUCACCUGAGUCUAGAUUGCUGAACCAACGAGUUUAUUGGGGCUGCUUGCAGGUGCAUGGGUAACUUGAAGGCAGCUGUGUCACCUAAACGCCCACCUCUGGCUUAGAUGAUAAUACAUG